AGUAAGGAACAUGAACGAUGUAGUCCAAAUUGUGGAUGGCGCAAAGAAGAUAAUAUUUCAUGUGAAGAGGAGAAUUUCGAUAAUAAUAUUCUACGACAAUAUGAAGAACAAGUUUUAACUUUCCAUCGUCCAGAACCAUUCAAGCUCUCGGUAUUUAUUAAUAGAGCAGACUAUUUUGCAAUAAAUGGAUACUUUUUGCAUGAGAAAUCAUAUCUGCAAUGUGUAUAUUGCAAAUAUAUUAUUGAAAAUCCUUAUGAAAAAGUGAUACAUGUUCCAUUUUGUAUAUAUAAAAAGAUGAGCUAUAAUGGAAAAGAAACGACAAAUGAUGAAAAAGAAGAUGCUGUGGGAAAACAAGCUGGAUAUUGUACAAUAUGCACUCUGUUGUAAUCGAGAUAUUAGUGAUUCCUAAGUGCAUUGUAGUAGUAUCAGGAAAGAAGUAAGUUCUGAAAAAUCAUGAUUAGAAAAAUAAAGAAUUGUAUCAUACUUACAUGCAAUGAAUGAUGUGCUGUACUGUCUCUCUCUCUCUGCUUACACUAGUUCUUCAUACGUCUUUCCUCCUCGAAGACUGGAGUGAUUAUGCAGUCUCGAACUCUGUGAAAUCAACGAACAUAAUGAAAAUCACAAUAAUAUUGAGAAGAAAUUUAGCAAGUCAACAUGUGAUGUUAAUUAUGAAAAUUAAUGAGGAGAUUACAUUCGAAAUAUUGUUAUUCGAGAUAUGUGGAAGUGAGAAUUCGAGUGCAUUGUGAGAAUUUGAUAUUUUUUCUCUGAAUGCACCUUGCUGUACGUGUAAGAAUGCAUUUGUAUGUCAAGGAUGUGACAAGCGGGAAAAUGCACUAUCUCUCACUCAUCCUAAAACAGAGAGAGAGGAACGAAUGAGUAUAUAAGCGGCGGUCAUUGGAUUUGCCAGCUUCAUUCGACCACUAGUCACGUUUCGCACAUAUCCUCGCUAUCAUCAUGGAGUCCACACGUGAGCAGUACAUCCUCCCGGAUACACCUCCUCAACAAGAGCCAUCAUUCCCAUCUUACUGGGCAGCGCAAGCUGCGCGGAAGAAGAAGAUUCCUUCUACCAGUGCUGCUCCCCCUGCUGCUGUCGCUGCUGCAUCCGACCCCGAGGAGUCGCCCCUGAAGAGACGUGGAGUCUUCGUGGAGAGAGGGAUGAGCAGCGAUGAGUUCAUUAUACCAGACACACCACCAUCUCAUCUAGGAUGGGCACCGAAACGUGCAGCACUAACAACAAUUACCACCAACAGGCAGCAGGGGAAGAGAAAGCUGCAAUUUCUGGAGGAGGAAGAAACCAACUUCGUACCCUCACAGAAACGUAUGUCUGAGAACACCUCCAUGGCUCCGCUACUGGAGGAGGCAGCCGCGCGGGAUGAUGAUGAUGAUGAUGAUGAGGACUUCAUCGCACUCAUCAAUAAGCCAUCACCAAAGCCGUGGAUGCCUCUCCGCGAGCUGGCGGAGGAUGUUCCACAUACUAUCAUCUCAGUCGACUCCGCGACCGAUCCGGAUCCCAGGAGAACACCCGGUGCUCGAGGACUUAGACUCCGCAUCUACGGGAGAAGUCCAGCAAACGGGCCCCCGCAACGAGUCGAUCCCAUUCCGAAUUGA